AUUAUAAUAUCUGAUUUUCCUUUCGCUUUCUUUAAUCUCUUUGAAUCAGUCAUCAAAUCUGUUUAAUCAUCCAUUUUUAGUUCGAUUGAUCUCAAGUUGAAUCUUAUUUGAGUUCCCUGCGAUCUGAUCCUCAUUUUUUUAUCUUAAUUUUGAAACGAAGUUUUGGAAAUAGGGGAGUUCAGGGUUGUGUUUGUUAGCCGAGAAAAUGGUGGAAAUCUGCCUCCUGGGUUUGAUUCAAGUCAAUGCCGCAGUGUAUGUAGGUAACAUCCACCCACACGUCACUGACACUGAUCUUCAGCAAGUAUUUUCUACUGCUGGUCCGUUGGAAGGAUGCAAGCUUAUCCGGAAAGAUAAGGUUUAUAUUGGACUACAAUCAGAGAUUGGACGCCACCAUGCUUUUUCAAUAAUUCAAGCUACUUUUUGUGCACAGGUAUUUAUGUGCUGAGACGAACUUCAAAGAAACUUUUUUGGCAACAGUUUGCAAGAGGUAAUGCUAGUUGGCCAUGGGUUGGAGAGCUCUGGGGGCAAGAUGUACAUUGUCAGCUGCUCGGCCACCACGGUCGAGGGAUUGUACAGGGACAGGAACCUAAAUCAUAAAUUUUGUCAUUAGAGUGGCUUGGUUAUUUAUUUAUUAGUGAGAAUUUUGUAUUUACGUUAUUUUAAACCCUGUUUUGAGAUCCCAUGUAUCAAACAUGUAUUUUAGUAAAAUUUAAUUGUUUAUAACCAAAAUUCUUUUUAACCUAAUUUGUUUAUGACAUUAGUUACACAUUUUGAUUCAAAUGACUUGAUUAGCAAGUCUUGUACUACUUCAAACACAGUGUAACGGUCUUGGUUAUCUAGGGCGCUACAGAUAUGCUUUCAAGGACUCACCAGGCUGCUGUUUUAUGUUGGCGAAUGAGUUGGCGUCUACGCGAGUUUCCUUUGAUGCUCAAAAGGCUUUCUUGAACUCAGAAGGUAACUUCUUCCAAGAGCUUAUUGAAUGUUUUUUGUACUUUUUGAACCACUGUAUGGCAGGUCCGGUCAGAGUUGUGGGGAACAAAAUACAUCUUAGGUCAAACCCAACAUUGUGGGCCAUCAUCAACAUAUUGAACAUCUCGAGGUUGUCGGAUGGAUCUGCGUUUCCAUCACAUGUUAGCAUGCUCGACAUCCUGAAGCCAAUAGGAUACGCAGUUGUUGCAAUGUUCGGGGUGAAAGGUUUGAGCUCUUCAUCGGAGUCACAAUCAUCAAUCCCUUUUUCAGAUAAGAGCUUCUUCAUUUGCUCAUCCAUUAAGGCCAGUUGCUUGAGAAUUGGGUCUUUGGGCUCUAGGUUAGUUGGGAGUCGUUCACCAGUUCCCAUCUUAUUGUACAUGUUUGAUGGGUUAUUUUUCCUCCAUGUUCGAGCUUAGUUAGGUGGUACAUUCCCAUUGUCACGCACGAUAGACGGACCUCCCUCAUGUUGAGUAUAACUCAUAUUAUCAUUACGAUUUGUGUAGUGUCUCAAAUUUGCUAAUAAGGCUUACGGCCUUGAUUAGCGUGUCUGGAGGGCAAUAACUGAUUUAUUAUGUUAAUUUGUGAAUUUGAUGAGUAUGUGAUUAGAAAUGCAUGUUUAGGUGAAUUAAAUAUGCAUGUGGGUCCCUUUUGGCUGUUAGGGGCAUGCUUGUAAUUUUAGCCCGCUAAGGGCCAUAAAUGCAAUAUUUGCGUAUA